CAUACAUUCCCUUGCGCUUUCUCUCUCUGCUUCUCUCUAUCUACAAAAAGACACAUUCACUUUGUCUCUCUCUCUCUCUUUCUCUGCCUGUGAACACCCACAAAAGCUACAGUUCUACAGAUUCUUUCUUCUCUUAAUAAUCACAGUUUGUUUCUUUCCCUUUUUAAUUCAAAUUUCACAGAUUCUUUGCUUUCCUUCAAAUCUCUUCAAUUCCAUAUUUUCCUUUCCUUUUCUCUCUUUUUUCUCUUAAAUCUCUCUUAAUUACCUCAGAUUCCUACCCAAAUUCCUUUCUCCCUCCCUCUAAAGCUCCUGUUUUUCAGAAUCAUUGUCAAAGUUCUUCCCUUUCUACGGUUUUUAACGUGGGAGAUAUGAAUUGAAGCUGAAUUGUGAUUGAUUAGGAGGUUUUUGGAGCUGAAUUUAGGGUUUUUGUUUGUUUUCAUUGUAUUUGAUACCUUUGGUAAAUAACAGAAGGUGAAAUGGAGAAGUACGAGCUGGUGAAAGAUAUAGGAUCUGGGAAUUUUGGAGUGGCUAGGCUCAUGAGGAACAAGGAGACCAAAGAGCUUGUUGCUAUGAAGUACAUCGAGCGCGGGCACAAGAUUGAUGAAAAUGUGGCAAGGGAGAUAAUAAAUCACAGAUCGCUUCGGCACCCAAAUAUAAUUCGUUUCAAGGAGGUGGUUUUGACACCAACACAUCUCGCUAUUGUUAUGGAGUACGCUGCAGGAGGGGAGCUGUUUGAGCGAAUUUGCAAUGCUGGAAGAUUCAGUGAAGACGAGGCCAGAUACUUUUUCCAACAACUUAUUUCAGGAGUCAGCUACUGCCAUUCCCUGCAAAUUUGCCAUAGAGAUUUGAAGCUAGAAAAUACCUUGCUGGAUGGCAGCCCAGCACCACGUCUGAAAAUCUGUGAUUUUGGUUAUUCUAAGUCAUCCUUGCUGCAUUCAAGACCCAAAUCCACAGUUGGCACUCCGGCUUAUAUUGCCCCAGAGGUUCUUUCUAGGAGAGAAUAUGAUGGCAAGAUGGCAGAUGUAUGGUCCUGUGGAGUGACUCUGUAUGUUAUGCUGGUAGGAGCAUACCCAUUUGAAGAUCAAGAGGACCCAAAGAAUUUCAGGAAGACAAUCAAUAGAAUAAUGGCUGUCCAGUACAAGAUCCCUGAUUAUGUUCACAUAUCUCAAGAUUGCAGACAUCUCCUUUCUCGCAUAUUUGUUGCCAACCCAUCCAGGAGGAUCACAAUCAAAGAAAUCAGGAGCCAUCCAUGGUUUUUGAAGAACUUGCCAAGGGAACUGACAGAGGCAGCUCAAGCCAUGUACUACAGGAAAGAAAAUCCUGGCUUUUCCUUGCAAACUGAUCAAGAAAUCAUGAAGAUUGUGGAAGAGGCCAAAAGUCCUCCUCCAGUAUCUCGAUCUAUUGGAGGCUUUGGUUGGGGAGGAGAAGAAGAUGGUGAUGGGAAAGAAGAUGACACAGAGGCUGAAGAAGAAGAAGAGGAAGAUGAGUAUGAGAAGAGAGUUAAGGAAGCACAGGCAAGUGGAGAAUUUCGUGUCAGUUAAGAAUUAAUCGUCCCUUUUUCAGGUACCGGUGAUCUAAAAGUUUUGGCUUGGAUACCUAUAAGAUGCUAUUGUGCUUGUAUAAAACUUUGUACUUAGGACAUGGUCUUGAAUAAAUGUAUGUAAAUUAUAGCAUGUUGGGCAGAGGGGUGUGAUUUCAACUUAAAAAUGAGAUUUUAGAGUGUCUUUGUUAUUGGGAAAUUGGAAAUGUGAAGAUUUGAAAAGAUGCCUAUGAGAGUCUGUCAUGCUUUAUCUUUUAUUUCUGAGGUUUCUGAUAGUGUCAUAAUUGACUUAUAGACUAUUAUGUACACUGUAUGGAGGUUUUGUCAGUUUGAGGACCAUAGCAAUAAUAUAUAAUAUUACUAUAA